UAACCACGACUAUGAUCAUUGGAGAGAGACAGGGCUGUUUUCAAAUAAAGGACAGGGUCAGAUAGAGCGCUGUCUAGCUUUUUCAGGUGCUCUUAUCAGAGCACUUUCUAGAGUCAGUUUUAGUUGUAUCCCUGACUAAUGGAGCGAUAAAUCCAGGUUUUACUGGCCUCUGCGCUGACCAGUCAGUUUUGUGAGAGGAGGAUUAGAACAGCCAAGCUUCAAGGUUGAUCAGAUUCACCAGGACAGCAUAACCAAGCCAGGACAUUUCCAUUUUUUGCAUUUUAGUAAUUUAGCAGACAUUUUUAUCCAGAACAAUUUACAGGAGCAAUUUGUGUUAAGUACCUUGCUCAAGGGCACAUUGACAGAUUUUUCACUGAGUCAGCUCAGGGAUUUGAACCAGUAACCUUUUGGCCCAACGCUUAAUCUCUAGGCUACUUGCCACCCCCAGGACGAAGGGAUAGGGGGAACCAGGAUCAAACAACUGAGUGAAAAUGACUGACGCCAUGAGUGAAGCGUGCUCUGAGAGCUCUGAGGAGGAGCGGUCCGAAGAACAGUCUGAGGAGGUGUCGGUCAGCAGGCUUCCGGUCAUCCAACUCAAGCCCAGAUCGCCAGGCACAUCCCCCAAGAUGUCCCCCCAUGACUCCCCGCGUGGGUCACCCCGAAACUCCCCGCUGCUCUUCAGGAAGCUGCUGAUGAACCGGAGCAUUAGUCUACAGAGGCGCUUCACUCUGGCCCACACUCCCAGUUUUGAUGUUGAGAAUGGAUUGUCGGUGGGGCGUAGCCCUCUGGACCCCCAGGCCAGUCCCGGCUCCGGCCUGGUGCUCCAGGCCAACUACGCCCACAGCCAGCGCCGGGAAUCUUUCCUCUACCGCUCCGACUCUGACUUUGACCUCUCACCCAAGGCCCCCUCGAGGAACUCCUCCACUGCCAGUGAGCUGGAAGAAAGCUUGAAGCACUGGGAAGUCAACUGGUUGUCUCGACAUGGAGAAGACAUGAUUGUGACACCAUUUGCACAGGUACUUGCCAGUUUGAGGACGGUAAGAAGCAACUUCGCCGUUUUGACCCACCAGCAAGAUCGUCAACCCAGCAAGAGAACUGGCAGUAACCCACCAUCCAUGUGCAAGACAACCUUGGCAGGUGUGACAGAGGAGCCGUUCCAGCAGCUGGCCGUGGAGACUCUGGACGAGCUGGACUGGUGUCUGGAGCAGCUGGAGACUCUGAAGACACGCCACUCUGUCAGCGAGAUGGCCUCCAACAAGUUCAAGAGGAUGCUGAACAGGGAGCUUACUCAGCUAUCAGAGACCAGCAGAUCAGGGAACCAGGUGUCAGAGUUCAUCUCCAGCACCUUCCUAGAAAAGCAACACGACAUGGAGAUCAUGUCUCCGCCCACCAAGGAGAAGACGGACAAGAAGAAGCGCCCCAUGUCCCAGAUCGUGGGGGUAAAGAAGCCUAUCCUGAUCCCCAGUGUGGCCCCAUCCAGCAUUCCCCGCUUCGGGGUCCCUUCCAGUCAGGAGAGCCUCCUUGCCAAGGAGUUGGAAGAGAUAAACCAAUGGGGUGUGGAUAUUUUCAAAAUAUCUGAAUAUUCUGCGAAUCGUCCACUGACGGUGGCGAUGUAUUCCAUUUUCCAGGAGCGAGAGCUGCGGAAGUCCUUCAAGAUCCCUGCAGACACCUUCAUCACCUUCAUGAUGACCCUGGAGGACCACUACCACCACGAUGUGGCCUACCACAACAACAUCCAUGCUGCAGACGUGGUCCAGUCCACCCACGUCCUUCUCUCCACCCCCGCCCUGGAGGCUGUGUUCACUGACUUGGAGAUCUUGGCUGCUUUGUUUGCCAGUGCUAUACAUGAUGUGGACCAUCCGGGGGUGUCCAAUCAGUUCCUCAUUAACACCAACUCAGAGUUGGCCCUGAUGUAUAAUGACGUGUCAGUCCUGGAGAACCACCACCUGGCUGUGGGCUUCAAGCUGCUGCAGGAGAACAACUGUGACAUCUUCCAGAACCUCAGCAAGAAACAGAGACAGUCCCUACGCAAGAUGGUCAUAGACAUGGUGUUAGCCACAGACAUGUCCAAACACAUGAACCUGCUGGCGGACCUGAAGACCAUGGUGGAGACCAAGAAAGUGACCAGCUCUGGAGUGCUGCUGCUGGACAACUAUGGAGAUCGCAUCCAGGUCCUCCAGAACAUGGUUCACUGUGCUGACCUCAGUAACCCCACCAAGCCCCUGGAGCUGUACCGCCAGUGGACCGACCGCAUCAUGGUGGAGUUCUUCACCCAGGGGGACAGGGAGAGGGACAAGGGCAUGGAGAUCAGCCCCAUGUGUGACAAACACAACGCCUCCAUCGAGAAGAACCAGGUGGGCUUCAUAGACUACAUAGUUCACCCUCUGUGGGAGACGUGGGCCGACCUGGUCCACCCCGACGCCCAGGAGAUCCUAGACACGCUAGAGGACAACCGCGAGUGGUACCAGAGCAUGAUCCCCCACAGCCCCUCGCCUACCCCCGAGGCCCAGGACAAGGUGGGCCUGCCUGGGGGAGCCAUGGGGUCUGGAGGGGGUGGAUCUUCCAUCGGAGACAAAUUCCAGUUUGAGCUGACCCUAGAGGAGGAAGGCGAGUCCGACACAGAGAGCCCCAAAGAAGAGGAGGAGGGGUACAGUAGCACUGGGGCGGAGCCUUCUAGAACUGACCCGGACAGCAGACUCCAUUCCAUGUCUGCAACUGCUCACCCACACUCUCAGGGGCUUUCUAAAAUGGCCACCUCUGUUCUCAAUCUCGGUGGCACGACUUUGUCCACUGACUCUGACCCAGACAAGGAGGCAGCCGAAGACAAAGAACAUGACCAAGAAGCUCAGCAUUCAACACCAUAGUACCCUCCAAGCUCAUCAUUAAGCUUGAGGGCCUGGGUCUGAACCCCUCCCUGUGCAAUUGGGUCCUGGACUUCCUGACAGACCAUACCCAGGUGGUGAAGGUAGGAAACAACAUCUCCACUUCACCGAUCCUCAACACUGGGGCCCCACAAGGGUGCGUGCUCCGCCCCCUCCUGUACUCCCUGUUCACCCAUGACUGUGUGGCCAAGCACGCAGACAAGCAUGCAGACAACACAACAAUAGUAGGCUUGAUUACCAACAACGACGAGACAGCCUACAGGGAGGAGGUGAGGGCUCUGGGAGUGUGGUGCAAGGAAAAUAACCACUCAAUGUCAACAAAUCAAAAGGACAUGAUCGGGGACUUCAGGAAACAACAGAGGGAGCACCCCCCUAUCCAGCGCCCCUUCAACCUCAGGAGGCUGAAGAAAUUUGGCUUGUAACCUAAAACCCUAACAAACUUUUACAGAUGCACAAUUGAGAGCAUCCUGUCUGGCUGUAUCACCUCCUGGUACAGCAACUGCACCGCCCACAACAACAGGGCUUUCCAGAGGGUGGUGCGGUCUGCACAAUGCAUCACCGGGGCAAACUACCUGCCCUCCAGGACACUUACAGCACCCGAUGUCACACGAAUGCCAAAAAUGUUAUCAAGGACAACAAUCACCCGAGCCACUGCCUGUUCACCCCGCUAUCAUCCAGAAGGUGAGGUCAGUACAGGUGCAUCAAAGCGGGGACAGAGAGACUGAAAAGCAGCUUCUAUCUCAAGGCUCAAGGUCUGUUAAAUAGCCAUCACAAGCACAGAGAGGCUGCUGCCUAUACACAGACUUGAAAUCAUUGGCCACUUUAAUAAAUGGAACACUACUAAAUUUAAAAAUGUCACUUUAAUAAUGUUUACAUAUCCUACAUUACUCAUCUCAUAUGUAUAUUCUGCAUUCUAUACUUCCUACUGCAUCUUAGUCUAUGCCGCUCUAACAUUGCUUGUCCAAAUAUUUAUAUAUUCUUAAUUCCAUUCCUUUAACUUAGAUUUGUGUGUAUUGGGUAUAUGUUGUAAAAUUGUUAGAUAUUACUUGUUUGACAUUGCUGCACUGUCUGAACUAGAAGCACAAGCAUUCACUACACCCACAAUAGCAUCUGCUGAACACGUGUAUGUGACCAAUACAAUUUGAUUUUAUUACAGCAUAUUGGAUGACUGUCAUUCAUAUUCCAUUCACCCAGCUCAAUGUAACAUUGAUAGGUUUAGGCUACUACAUGAUACUCACAUUUUCUCUGUACCCAUCACGAGGUUGCUACAACCUAGCCUAUGAAUGAACGUUUACAAGUAGGUACACAGGUCGAGAGAAAUUUGAGUGAUCAAGGUGACAGACAUUGAUACAUUCAUUGAAUGUGUUGGAUAGCCAUAGCCAGCUAGCCAACAUAAUCAUUAGUCCAAUAGUUGCAAACGAGAGUCCUGUAGUCCAUAAUCAGCUCCUUGGUUUUACUGAAGUUCCAAUGUGGGUGCGAGCACUGCUGCCAGACCCAGAGGAGUUCACCUGCCUGAAUUGUUUGUUUGUUCAUAGUUAUAUUGCUCAAUUUGGUUUCUUUUUUGUUGAACACCAACAGUGUCAUUGCGCAAAAUGGUACGCAGCAUCAUCUGUUGUGUGCAACAAAAGUUCAACCUUCACCUUCUGCUACCGUUUCUGUCAAGCCGUCUAUGCAUACUGUGCAUUUUUCGCAUAUGUUAGAUAAAUCUAUGCGCCACACAGAACGCACUGUAACUGCCUCUGCAAAGCAAUGCUGCAAGGCAAACGCAGAGUUCCAUUUGAAAUGAAUGUACUUCUGGUGCACCAAAAUGCAAUUUAAUGUUAUUAUUUAACCAGGCAAGUCAGUUAAGAACAUUUUCUAAUUUAAAAUGACAGCCUACCACAGGCAAACCCUAACCUAUGGGACUCACAAUCACGGCUGGUUGUGAUACAGUUUGGAAUCGAACCUGGGUUUUUAGUGACCUCUCUAGCACUGAAUUGCAGUUUCUUAGACCACUGCGCCACCCGGAAGCCUCAAUGUGUGAUCGAAGUGUAAUUCCAAGUGCGUCAUAAAUUUUAAAGUGGAUUGUACAUGGCAUGUGUGACUUUCUCAAUCCUAAUCGCUGUAAUAUGCGCAAAAUUUUACAAUCUAUACCGGAAGUUGUAUGGAUUCAGUGAGUAAAUCAACAACCAUCCCCUACUCCUGUGAGUUUCGGCUUUCUUUUCGAGAUAAAGCUCACACUCUCGAAAACAGCAUUGCUUUGCCUGAUGUUUGUUCUACAAAGUAAAAAAUGGAAACUAAGAAGGAGGCUGAAGAGGUGGUGUUAGGAACAGACUACGGAGGCGGGGAAACCGGAGACUUCACACGACUCCUGCUGAGCACAUGUACAGUGCCAAACAAUCCUGGAAGGUGUUGAUCAUUGUACCAGUGCCUAAGAAGUCAGGGGCCAGAUAACCAAAUUACUUUUGACCUGUGGCCCUCGUGCCCCUUCUGGCCAAAUGCAUGGAAAUGGUUGUCAGUAAGCACCUUACCCUGUCCAUAGCAGAUCAACUAGACCUGUUACAGUUUGCCUAUAAGGCACAGAGCAGAGGGGGACGGAGGACACUACCCUGACCUUGGUGAACAUGGUGGCUAAUCACUUUCAACAUGCUAAAUCAUUAUGCACACCUUUUAUUUAUUGAUUUGAGUUCAUUUUUCAAUACAAUGCAAAUACACACACUGCCUGAAACGACUACUGGACCUGAAUGUAAACGGAGGCCUCGCAGGUUGGAUCAAGGACCUUUUAACUGACCGCCCGCAGAGUGUCCUCAGGAAUGGGGCCCUCUCUGAUGAACUGACCCUAAACACAGGGGCGCCCCAGGGGUGUGUCCUUUCAGCGUGGUUGUUCUCUAUCUACACUAAUGAGAUGAAGAUCCAAGGAAACAAUGUGAGCCUUUUCAAGUACUUGGAUGACAUGGCUCUGGUAGGACUAUUUUUUAAAGAUGCUACGUCAGAUGGGGACAGCUAUUUUAAACAGACCAACAACCUUCAAGAAUGUUGCGGGUCAAGUGCCCUCCAUAUCAAUGUGGAAAAGGCAACGGAGUUGAUCAUCAAUGACAACAACUUGCCAAUGCCCCAAUCACUCUUUCUGAACGACCAACCAGUGGUGGCGGUUGAGUGUUUCAAAUACACAAAUUGAUAACAAGCUGAAUUUUACAGAGAAUACAGACUGUAUUUUUUUUUUUAAGCAAGCCAACGCCUGUUUUUAAUCAGGAAAUUGAAGGAGUUUAGUGUCAUCCAGGAUGUUCUGGAGAGGGUGUACAGCGCCUUGGUGGAGAACAUCCUCAUGUUCAAUAUGACAGUCUGGUAUGGUAAUCUGAGCAUAAAGGGGCAAAAGCAAACGGACCAAAAUAGUAAACACAGCCAGCAAAGUAAUUGGUUGACCACAGGCACAUUUGAGAAGUCUGUUCCACAAGGCAACCAAAAAGAAGGUUACUGUUAUUGUCAGCUCGAGAGGCUUCCAUCUGGCCGGUGCUUCAGAAUGCCCAUGGCCAAGAACGUGUUAAAACAAUUUGUUCCUUGUGCUGUUGGACUACUAAACUCAACAUAAAUUAUAUUGGUAUAUGUACUUAUCAGUCCAGUGCAGUUGUGAGUGAAUGUAUCAAUGUUCCCUAUGUUUUUAGUGUAUGCAGUAUGAUGGACUGGCUGGUUUAAAUGAUGUGUGAUGUGAAAAUAUGUAUAUGUGAUCCUUUUAAUGGAAGGUGAUGCCCAAAAAAUAUAUGCAUCCUGGAUGGACAAUAAAGUUUUAUUCUAUUCUAAUGGACACAUUCAGAUAUGUUUA